AUGGAUUUUAAUGAUGAUUCAUCCUCAAAUCCGUGUUUAAAACCUGGUUUUCAAACACCAGGAGCUAACAAACGGCUUCGGGCCGCGGAUGAUAAUACAACUGAAUCUCAAACACGCAUAAUUUAUCAAGAAAACCUAAUAUCAAACGAUAAGAUCUCGCAUAAUCAAAGACAAUCAAUUCAACAAAAUGACUUUCCACCAAUUACCAUUGAAUUCAAAUCUAUGAACAAUAAUAAUGAUAGAAAAUUAAUUCAAGAACUAAUUAAAGAAUGGGAGACGAAGAACACGAAGAAACUUGAUGUUAUCGGCAGAUAUGGAUUUAAGAAUGUAUUACUUAUCUUUGCACGAAACAUCACAACUCUUGAUGAAUUACUGGAUAAAGACAAAUGGCCAACCACUAUUAAUGGCGCCGAGUACACGAUUAAAUUUCCAAAAAUUCUACCAGAAGCAUAUUCUAUCGUUAUUAAAGAUUUUCAAAUUACAUGGAAUGAAACUGAAGUAACAGAUGAUUUACGUGAAAAAUAUUCAUCGUUAAUUAAAUUAACUCGGUUUGUAACUCGCGAUGGUCGCUCAAUGAACAUCGUACGAGCUGACUUCAAUUCCUCGAAACAAGCUAAUUAUUUUAUUAAACAAGGUGAAAUUGAUAUAAAUUAUAUGAAACUUUAUGUUCGACCAUACUUUGCACCAAUUAAAGUUAAUAAGUGUCGUAAAUGUUUCAAACAUGAUCACUUCACCAGUCAAUGCACUAGUCCUCCUGUUUGCUUUAGAUGUGGUCAACAGCAUUCUUUAGAAGGUGGAUGCAAUAAUGACAUCAAGUGUGCAAAUUGUGAACAACAGCAUUUUCCCGGACAUCCAGCAUGCCCGGUAGUCCAACAAAGAAGAAAACAAAUUGCUGAGCAACAGAAAGUAAAUCAAGCUCAACUACUUAUAAAACAACAACAAUAUCAAACACGAUACAAUCAUGAUCCAAAUACAUUUCCACACCUCAUGAACAACUCAAAUAAAGCAGCAACAAAUAUGUGUCUCAACGCUACAAUUUCUCCAAGUAGAACAACAACGAAUCAAUCAUAUAGUGCUAUCGCUAAAUCAAGAUCAUCAGGUGGAAACGAAAAUAUUGAACAGUUGAUGAUGGCUUUAUCAAGUUCAAUCAAUCAACAACUAUCAAGCUUUAUUACAUCAAUAUCAAUACAAAUUACAGAAGUAACUAAAAAGAUGAAUGCAAAUAAUGACAAAUUACUCAAUAUUGAAAAUCAAAUUCAAGAAAGUAUCAUACCAGCGAUAAUUGAAUUAUCUAAAAUAGUCGACAACAUACCAGAGCAUAAAGAUAAAAUAAAGGCAUUCCAAUCGAUCCAUACAUCAGAACACCAAAUUCAAUCAAAAUAG